AUGGAGUUCUGGUUUUCAACAAUGGGGAACACCUCCAAAUCAACCACAAUGGGAUACACCUCCAGCUGCACCACAGUGGGGAACACCACCAAAUGCCCCACAAUGGGGUUCAUCUUCAAAUGCUCAGCAAUGGGUUACACCACCAAAUGUUCCACAAUGGGGUGCACCGCCAAAUGCUCCGCAAUGGAGUUCAUCUCCAAAUGCUCCGCAGUGGGGUACACAACAUGUUCCACAAUGGAAUGCACCUCAAAAUUCUCAACAAUGGGGUUCAUCACCAAAUAG